AUGCAGUCACUCUGUCUCCGACUUUCAGUGGGCUUGUUUCUACUGCAAAGAUUUGUUGCAACUGUUGCRAAAGAAGURACCUAUGGAAAGUACGGCUCGUUCAGCAAUGGUCCUCCCUUCGACACUAAAGUCCUUUUAGCAUUCAAUAGACCUUUACCUGACCCUCCAGAAAAAAUGGAAACUCAAUAUUUCCUUUUCACAAGAAAAGAUCGUAUUGGCUAUAAAUGCCUUGAUGACAGCGAYGCUAACAAACUGAAGGAAUCCAGUUAUGAUGGCAAGAAAAAGACUUUCCUCAUAAUUCACGGUUGGACUGGAAAACCACUAGAAUCCCCAUGGCUUAAAGACAUGAAAGAYGYUUUACUAGAGAAAGAAGAUGUAAAUGUCAUUAUAACUGGAUGGAAAGAAGGAGCRRRCGACCUUUACUACCCACAAGCCGUCGGCAAYACUCGUUUAGUUGGAGCCAUGGUAUGCACUGAUUUAGUCUUGCAGUGCUGCAUCUUUGUGUGACCAAGACGAUUUUUGUAUGUCAUUCCUGAACAGGUCUUUUUUUCACUGAUGAAGCUCAAGGAAGAGCAUGUUUGCACAGAGAA